AUUUCCAUAUAUGGCAUCAGCUGAGGAGACAAGUUCUCUUUUCUUUUGGUCUCGUUUUCUUAGUGAGUUUAACUCGAAAUUCUUCCCCAAAAAAUGGCUCAACCAGCCCCACAAAUGAUCCGAGGAAUCGUCAAACAGAUUCUUUCAGGAGAUAGUGUUAUUAUACGAGGACAACCUCGAGGAGGCCCUCCUCCAGAGAGACAGCUUUGUCUUUCCAAUAUAACAGCUCCAAAACUCGCUAGAAGAGCAAAUCCUAACAUUGAAGGAAGCCAAGACACGAGAGAUGAGCCAUUUGCAUGGGAAGCAAGGGAAUACCUCAGAACAAGACUAAUUGGCAAAGAAGUCUUGUUCGCUGUGGAGUACCAGGUCCCAGGAACUGGCAGAGAAUAUGGCUGUAUUUAUCUCAGAAAACCAGGAUCAGAAGACUUUGAAAACGUCACAGAAUCUAUUGUUGCUGAAGGAUUGGUAGAUGUUCGAAGAGGAGGAAUCAAGCCAUCUGAUGGACAGACAAAGCUGAUUGACUUAGAAGAGCUGGCCAAGACUCAGAAUAAAGGAAAAUGGGGCAGUAAUGCAAAUGAGCACAUCAGAGAGAUAACCUGGACUGUCGACAAACCAAGGCAUUUCCUGGAAACACACUCAGGCAAGGAGAUUUCUGCUAUUGUGGAACAUGUACGGGAUGGAUGUACAGUCAGGGUUUUCCUUCUACCAUCUUUCCAUCAUUUGACAAUCAUGUUAACUGGUAUUAAGUGUCCAAUGGUCAAGAGAGAAGGUGAAACCCCUGAACCUUAUGCCGACGAGGCCAAAUUUUUCACAGAAAGCAGGCUUCUACAGAGAGAAGUGAAAGUUGUCCUAGAAGGUAUAUCAAACCAGAACUUCCUUGGUAGUAUCAUACAUCCAGCUGGUAAUAUAGCUGAGCUGCUACUACGUGAAGGCUUUGGUCGCUGCGUUGACUGGAGUAUGGCAGUGCUAACUAAUGGUCGUGAAAAGCUCAGGGCUGCAGAGAAGUUUGCUAAAGAAAAAAGGCUCAGAAUUUGGAAAGAUUAUACUCCAAGCACCAAUGCUAUAGAGAUCAAAGAUAGAGAAUUCACAGGAAAGGUGUUAGAAAUUGUGAAUGCUGACGCCAUGGUUAUCAAACACCCAAGUGGAAAAGAUAUGAAGCUUCAUCUUUCAAGUCUACGACCACCAAGGAGAUAAUCCCAGCGAAAGAUGGCAAGAGAAUGAGGCCUUUAUAUGACGUGCCUUUCAUGUUCGAAGCUAGAGAAUUCCUACGAAAAAAGAUCAUAGGCAAGAAGGUUAGCGUUAAGAUUGAUUAUAUUAAGCCAGCAAACGACGGUUUCCCAGAAAGAACAUUCGCAACUAUAACCAGUGGAGGAGUCAAUGUUGCCGAGGCACUCAUCAGCAAAGGCUUUGCUACAGUCUUGCGUCACAGACAGGACGAUGAUCAAAGAUCGUCACUUUAUGAUGAGUUAUUAGUUGCAGAAACCAGAGCCAUUAAGAACAGCAAAGGGAUGCAUAACAAGAAAGAACCACCAAUCCACAGAGUUGCAGAUUUAUCAGGAGACUAUGCUAAAGCCAGACAGUUUUUACCAUUCCUUCAGCGUGCUGGACGAUCUUCUGCUAUUGUUGAGUUUGUCGCCAGUGGUUCAAGAUUAAGAAUCUAUCUACCAAAAGAGACUUGCUUGACUACCUUCUUACUGGCAGGUAUAAGCUGUCCACGUGCCGCAAGAAUCAACACAGGUCAGGGAGUAACCAAUGCUGUUGAAGGUGAUCCCUUCGGAGACGAGGCUCUGCAGUUCACCAAGGAAAUGGUAUUACAGAGAGAGGUUGAAGUAGAAGUCGAGAGCAUUGACAAAGCUGGUAAUUUUAUUGGAUGGAUGUUUUUUGAGGACAAGAAUCUAUCAGUAUCACUUGUUGAGGCUGGUCUGUCGUCGGUACACUUCACAGCAGAAAGAUCAAACUUUUAUCACAAAUUAACGUAUGCUGAAGAAACAGCCAAGAGUCAGAAGUUGAAAAUGUGGGCAAAUUAUGAAGAACCAAAGGCUGUUAUAGUUGUUGAAGAAACAGAAAGAAAAUGCAACUACAAGAAGGUUUAUGUCACAGAACCAAAAGAAAAUUUAAGUUUUUAUGCUCAACAUGUUGAGACAGGACCACAGCUGGAGCAACUGAUGACAGAUCUUCAUACUGAGCUAAGUAGUAACCCACCAUUACCAGGAUCCUAUACACCAAAAAAAGGAGAUCUGUGCGCAGCUCAGUUUGUGGAUGACAGUUGGUAUCGAGCCAGAAUUGACUCAAUUAAAGGAAAAGAUAUCACUGUGUUCUACGUUGAUUAUGGAAAUCCUGAUCAAGCAAUUGACAGUAAUAGAGAGUUCCAGAAGAGGGUUGUGAAUCAGCAAUUCUCAUUAAAUGUUGAAUACAAGUCUCAAGGACAGGAGUUUGUAACAUUGAUGGCUGACACUGUUGAUGUUGGAAAGGCCUUAGUAGCUGAAGGUCUUGUUCUUGCGGAGAAGCGCAAAGAGAAGAGAUUACAGAAGCUAAUGGCAGAGUACCAGAAUGCGCAAGAAACAGCUCGUAAAGCUAGGCUGAAUCUCUGGCGUUAUGGUGACUUUACUGAUGACGAUGCUCGUGAAUUUGGAUACCCAAACAAUUAAGCAACAGAUCAAAUAAAUGACCAUAAAAAGUAGCUAUUAAAUAUUGUGUAUUAAACCUACACAUAUUACUGACCCAAUAGUCUAUCUGCAAAUAUUUUCAUCUUGGACAAGAAUAAUACCUUGUUCAAGGAUAACUAAAACUGAUACAGAAAUGAAAGUAUCGAAUUGCGUCAUUUUAUAAAGGUUUCAAUACUCUACUCGAUAUUUGAAUCCUACUUAUAACAAAUAAUUAUUAUUUGUGGGAAAAAACAAAAUUAAUAUUUACAUAUUAUAGAAAAUAAUUAUCCAUUGUGUGAUAUCGUUUUGACUUGCUAUAAAAAUCAAAAUUAUGUCACCUUCAACUUAGAAAGUAUUAAAAGCGUACUAACAUCAUGUCUAAAUCUUCAACCAUCUAUAUUUUAUUACACAUUUUUUAUGGGUCAUAUCAGAAAUAAAAAUAAAACUUACAAAUUUUCUGAACUACUUUUCAUUUCAGCAU